AUGGCCCCGCCCCGCCCUUCCCCCUCUGCCACCUCCCUCAAGAGCGCAAGACACGUACCCCUCCUCAGCCUCGCGCCCCCUGCCCUCGCUCUCGGCGACGAGCUCGCUCUCGGCUCACCGGGCGAGGACAACAAUGUCGGCGAAAUAUGGAACGUCAUCACCCGUGCAGCCGAUCUCGUGAAAGACGGUGAGCGCUUGGAGAACCUCGCCUGGAGGCAUUGGGGUCAACCACGCCGCAUGCCUUCCUUCUCCCAUCACGACCGUCCACUAUCCUCGUCGUCCCAGGGCAGUGCCUCGAGUGCAUCGAUACAGACCCCGCAAGAAACAUCCUACUUUUCGCGACUUGGGCCUCGCCAUCCCCACCCGCGACACCAGCCACCGUGCCAACAACGAAUGACAUUUGGCGCUGCGCUGCUACUACUUGUCGAAAAGGAUGAAGGAAACUUCAAAGACUGGGUAGAAGACGCCAAGCGAGGUAUACCCUGCAGUCCACCCCUUCCCACAUUCUCAGUACCGGAAACGCCCCAGCGGUCAUCUCCCGAGAACGGCGUUCAAAUUCACCUAGUUGAACCCACUCCCGUUCCCAGCCGCGCAGGCAGUCUUGGUGGCAACUCUAUCAUCCCGUCCAUGUCUGGCCGCGACGUCCCGCCUGCUCUCAAGGAGGACGUCGAAGAAGAAGAAGCAGCUGCCAAAACUUCAGCCCAUGAGAACCUUCACAGGGUCCGGAUAGCGCCUAUCGACACGGAACGUGCCAGAGGUGUUUCUCCGCGGAAGAAGGGUAAAUUCUUCUUCCAGUCGAGCCCUAGCAAGGGGAGUGGCUCAGACUCGCCCGCGACAUCGCCGCAUAACAGUAGCAAGCACGAAUCUCCACCACCCUCGACCAUGGCGCCCCCUGCCUCUUUUACCAGAGGACACCCGAGACGCAAGAGCUCAGGAGACUCAUCUGCCAUCAUGGCUGUGGCCAAAAAGUCUCCAGCCACCAAGCGUCACGUGUCUCUUACCACCAUGAGAGGCAAGUUCCAAGCUGAGAAGCGCAAAGCGGCUGAGGCGAUUGCCCAGAAACAUGAUGAGAAGGCGGGCAACGAAGAGAGUGGCUGGGAAGAUGAAGAGAGCGAUUGGGAGGACGAAGAGGAACCUGAAGGGGAAGACGAUGAGGAUUGGAGCGACGAGGAUGGCGACGGGGCCAAGUCUGAAGAAGACAUUUCAGAACCUCAGCCUGCCUCUCAACUCAAAUCCCCAGUCCGGAAAGGCUUAUCGCCCAUCAAAAAGUCUCCAUCGCCCCAGCGGCCCUCUGAAACCCAAUCCAAGACUAGAGAUCCCAACCGUCGUCGUUCAAACUCGCGUCCUCGGCCCGGGCUCGCGACCAUCACUCAGUCUCAAUCCGAAGCUGGCUCUGAUUCACUCAAACGCCGCACCACGUGGCACGGCGAUAGGUCCAACACUGCUCCCAAUCUGGCCAUGUCUCGCCAACCUCCCCCUGUUCCAGCUCCUGCGCCGGUGCCGAAAUUGAGCAAGAAGGAAAGACAGGCGGCAGCGGCGGAAAGGGCCAAGGUUGAAGCGAGACUGGAUGCGCAGAGAAAGAGGGAGAUGUUUGCAAAGCAAAACGUGCUAGGUGGUAUGGGAACGAGGCCACCAAGUGGGCUUUUAGCUUCUGCUCUGCAAAGAGGUGCUAGUAUGGUAGACCUGCCGACCGUCUCGCAAGACCGCCCUCCGAUCAAGUCCUCUCCGACUCACGCACAAUUGACCUCAUUAGCCCAUUCACCCCAUCCUGGUCCAUCAUUACUACGAAGCAAGUCUACUGCGGCUAUGCCUGUACAAUCUGGUGUCAGUGUCACUGUCACUGGAGGACACAUCUCGCAAGCUGCUGGCAAGAAUGCGGCUACGGGGAGCAGUUCCGAGAGCCACAAGAAGACGAAGCCUGUAGUGGAGCUCGAGUCUGACUCGGAGGACGGCGAUGACGACUAUCUCAACACUUCUCACAUUCACCAAAAGCUUGCCGAGCUGGAUAGCAAACAAGAAGCAAAGUCCAAGGCCAAGGCUGAGGCGGGUACACAGACUAGCCCGGCAACUACUGCCUCCGUCAACGAUGCUGCGCCAGCCCAGCCGGCAGCGGCGGCAGCCUCUCGAGCCCUUCCUGUUUCGGCGAGGGCGAAUGAGUUUGGAGUCGUUCAACCUAUGAUGACACCAACCACCAGAAGGAGAAACAUCAUCAUGGCCGAAAUGUCCGAGUCUUUGCGACGAAAUGUCGUGCUCGAGCGCGAAAAGUCGUCGACCGGCCUUUCCAGGAUUCUCUCUGGAGGCUCAUCUCGCACUCGUCCGCCACCAUCGAUGGUCCCCUCUCACCACUCUGCUGUCAACCUCACCCAAUACGCCCAGCCCGAGCCCCUGGUGGAGCAUCGCCAGCCUCAAUCGGCUCGCAAUGUCAAUCCUCCCUAUCCAUACAGCCUCCAAGAUCAGGACCCUCAUGCUAGCUCUGUCCCUCGUCACCAGCAUUCUACGAUAGAUCAGCGCAAACGGCCGGCACCGAACGUCCUGGCCGGUGGGAAUCUGCUUCGCCCGUUGACCAGAGUGGGACCGAUGGCAGCGCAGGAGGAGGCGGCGAAUAUGGGGAGUAUAGGAAGAACACAGAGUAGCGGGACGCUGGGCAAUGGUGGUCGAGGCGAAACUGCUGUGCCUCAACCCCAGGCGCCGACGAUGAUUCGCUCAGCGACCACGGACGGUGACGGCGGGCAGAGUCAGAGGGAGAGGAGAGAAUGGAAGAGGAUCAACUUGAUGGAUACCAGCUAUAGGAUCCAUGGUUGGUGA